CCGGGUCAAACUCGGUCCGGGCGUCACUUACCGUCUGCCUGCUCAGAGGAGCCAUCCACCCGUCGCAAUGACUGUCCGCGGUUGUAUGACCCUGCUCUUUAUUCUACUGUGCGGUAUUGUGCAUGCUGAUGAUCUGGUGACAUCACCAUUACCCGCAAUACAGCAGUUAAGCACAAGCCAAAUCAUCUCCAGCACUUCUUCUCCAACCACCUCCAAACACUCUUCAGCUGCCACUUCUGCCGCUGUGACUACGGAAUUUCCAACCACGCAUCACAAGACGACUAAUUCUACAACAGAGCCUCCAACUACCCCACAUCACAACACGACUAAUUCUACUACAGUGCCUCCAACUACCCCACAUCACAACACGACUAAUUCCACCACAGAAGCGCCAACUACCGCACACUCUAAUGCUACAACAGCUCCAACUCCUCCUCCGACCUCUCCUCCUGUCCCCAACCCAACUGUUGGAAACUACAGUGUCAAGUCAGACAAUGUCACAGUCUGUCUUUUGGCAAAGAUGGGCCUUCAGUUCAGUUUCAAAAUGAGUGAGAAUGCCAGCUUUCAGACUCUUAAUCUUGACCCGAGUCCUAAUGUAACGGAAGUGAGUGGAGCCUGUGGAAGUGGUGGCAAUGACUCUUCCCUUGUGCUGAAGUCGGAAGAAAUCACAGUUCAUUUCAUCUUCACAAAUGUUUCACAGAAGUUCCGUCUACAUGCUUUGAUGCUCUCUGUUAAUCUUGCAAAUGGAAAUGUUUUCAAUGCCUCCAAUAAUAAUUUGUCUCUGUGGGAGGCAUCUGUCGGAAGCUCCUACAUGUGCAAAAAAGAGCAGAGUUACAACAUCACUGACAAGCUUACCAUCAACACGUUUGAGCUACAAGUGCAGCCCUUCGCAGUCCAGAACAACAAGUUUAACACGGCCCAUGAAUGUUCAAUGGAUGACACCAGCCUCUUAAUCCCAAUCAUUGUUGGUGCCGCUCUGGCUGGUUUGAUUUUCAUUGUUGUGAUUGCAUACGUGAUUGGUCGACGAAGGACCUAUGUUGGAUAUCAAACACUGUAAUGCAACAAAAUCACAGAAUCAAAUCCUGGGUGUUUUAAGGGACACACAAGCCUGUUCCUGGACCAUUUUAAAUAUUGUGGGUUUUUGUGCAAUCUCAAUUGGCAAUUGACUCAUGGCCACGGGAGUCCAAAAACAUGUUUUGUCCUAAUGAGGUCUAUUAAUCCACCGACCCUUAAACUGCAACAUUGAAAAUCUAAAGAUACAGUGGCACUCCAGGACCAGAGCUUCCUAUUGUGAACUAAGUUUGUGUGUGCACCACAAAAUUUUGUGUUGUGAAGUAAGUGCAUGGUCUCUGUAUUUUGGCUUAAAGCUCCAUUUAUUUUAAUAAAUGCAAAUUACUUCUACAGUCACAGUACCUAGAUCAUGGUACUAGAUUGUGGGUUGUGGCCAAUUUAAAAUUUCAUCGCUCCAUAUCAGACCCUGCACUUGCUUCUCUUAGACAUUCCUUUCAUUUUAUUUAUUUUUUUGUCUAUUUUGUUAUAUUUAGCUCAUUUAAUUUGUGCCCAUCAAAUCUAUCAUUACUGUAUCCACAGCUUUAAACUGAAACUGCUUGCAGCGUUUGGGUUAAAUAUUAAAAGUAGUUCCAGAAACAAGUUGGUACUCUGCACUAUAGUGACUGGACAGCUAUCAUUUAUUGAAAUCAUCAAUAAAUUGAAAUGCAUCAUGUUGGUCGUCCUGUAUUCAGAGCAGCAUCUAAACAUGCUGGACGGCCCAUUCAAACAAUUGAAAUUCUAGAACAGGAAAACCAAUGCUUGAAUGUUUAAACCACAUGACAAGCAUUUUAAAAAUGCAGACCAUUGUAAUAAAUGUAGGCCUAUUUUUUUGAGUGACGCUUAGUUAAGCAUAAUACAAAGGAAUGCUAACUGGCAAUUAAAUGCUGUUACAAAAUAGUUUUGGUAAUGUUUGGUUACCCUUUAUUGGGGUUUGAAAAGGGACAAUUAAUUAUAAAUCAGCCAUCUUGUCAGCUACUCUUCACAAUUUUGACUUAUUUACAUCUAUUCUAGCCUGAAAGAUAAAUUCUUCUUUUUAUUAACUGAAUUGUAUUUGCUGCAAGAUUAAUUUUUGCACCUGUUUGAACCGUCUUUGGUAGUGGCUGUGGAUUCUUUUUUUUUUCUUUUUAUAUAUAUAUAAAAAAUAUAUUGUUACAUUAGAUAUGACUUGUAUUUUCAGUUGUUGAGCCUUUUCAGGAUAAGUUCUUUGCUUUCUCUUACGUAUUUAUGUUCUUUUCUCAUAUUAUGGCUCUCUAGGUUUCAUAGAUUUUCCCCCCCUUCAUUUUCUGGUGAAUUUUUCACUUUAUGCUCUUCUAAUUUAGUCUAUGCAGCACCCACGCAGAAUCUUUUGUAAAUGUGUGUUGUUUUUACUAUAGCCAGGACAAAUUAAACCUUUAAAACUGGUCACUGGUAUUUUUGUGCCUUGCUUAAUGCAGUUACUUUUGCUUGCCAUCCAAUUAGUUACAUCAAUAACUUAUCAAAUAAAGAUGGAUUUAUAUUUAAUUUUUUUUCCCCCUGAACAUACUUGUGUGACCGUUUUCUGCUUGCAGACUUGUGAAAAGGGAUUCCUUAUCUGACUGCCCUAAAUAUUUGAUGUGUUUCAUGAGAUUUGGUUGUUUUGUUUUGCAAUGGAAUAGUUUUAUUUUAAUGGACUUUUAGCUGCAAUAAAAGGAGAAAGACAGUUAUAUAUAACAAUAAAA